CACAAAGUGAGGACAGAGAGAGAGAGAGAGAGUUGGAAAGAGAAGGAGAAGCGCAACGCAGACUGAGGAAGAGAGUGAGAGAGAGAGAGAGAGAGAGGAGAAGAUAAACGAAAGUAGGAUCUUUUUCUCUUUCUGAUAAUCCAGCUUUGUGGAAGAUCUUUGAUCUGCUGUAUCGGUUAGCUAAAGACGUUCAAUUUCCGGUGGCCGUGAUACCAUCUUCGGGGAAUUAUGGUGGGUUUCCGGUGAUGAGCGACGAGAUUAAUCUCCUGGGUGUGGCUAAUUUGGUGAAAGCUCGUGGCAGCGGAGAUGGAUAGGAGCAGAGAAGCGAGAAGAGCAACCAUGGCGGCUGCGAACGGUUUAUCCAGACGUAGACACAGAAGUAGCAGUCUCAGAGACUCCCCAGAGGAGGAUGGGCCAGAGUUACAAGAGACGGCGAGGCUGAGAGAUCGAGGAGGGAGCGGAAAGAAGGAUCGAGAUCGCGAUCGGGACCGCGAGCGCGACAGGGAUCGGCUGAGCCGGAGCAAGAGGAGAAGAGCCGAUAGAUUGCUCCACAGCAGAGAGGAUGGCGGCGAGGAGAGUUCGGAGGAGAGCGUGAACGACGAAGAGGAUGAUGAGGAUGACGACGGAGCCGCCUCCGUGAGGAUGCUACCUCCGAACCCGCCACCGCUAUUGUCCUCGGCUGUGGCCAUGUCCAAUCAUCGAAAGAGCUUUCCUCCUCCGGCCAAAGUUUUUAGAGCAGCGCCGACGUGGAAGGCAGCCGACGAGAUGAUUGGUGUGUCGGUGCCCAGAAAAGCCCGGUCAGCGUCGACAAAGAGGUCGCACGAAUGUUGGGCUUCAAGUGCUACCGGAGUUGGUGCGGAGCAAAUUCACCGCCAGACCUCGACAUCGCCGGUGAGACCGAGCCUCGUGUCGAUUUCGGUGGCAGCGGCGCCGCCGGCUCCAGCCUCGCCGUCUUCUUCCAAUGCUUCGUUGCGUAAGAAGAUGAAGCCCAAUGGACCCAAACUGCGGCCUCCCAAAUCGUCGUCCAAGUCAUCGUCCUCAGCUCAGGACGAGAUCGAGAUAGAGAUAGCGGAGGUGCUGUACGGGAUGCUGAGGCAGCCUCAGGGCCCUUCCAAGCAAGAAAUCCUGGCCACCGAUUCCGUCAAGUUCGAUCCAAGAGAACCCAAUAAGUCCGGCGAUGCUAAAUCCAGAGUCUCGUCGCCGAUCUCAAACUCUACGUCCGCUGCACCUCAGUCAUCGUCGAUUCCACCUCAGAAUUCCAGUUCCUUGGUCACUCCUAUGUCCGCUGUUGUGGCACCAAAGAGGAAAAAACCGCGAGCGGUGAAGUACGACGAUGAGAAUCCGUCGAUUUUCACAGUCAGGAACAGUCCCAUUUCGACCACGACGAAGGCCGAGAUCGAUCAGCCGGCGAAAAUCGAAGCUUCGUCCUCGCCUAACGUGGAGAAGAAGCCAGGAUCCGUAGCUGAAAAUGGCGGAGUUCCGAACGAUUUGGCCAAUCCUCAAGUGGUACUGGUCUCGUCGGAGGCGCCACCGGAGUCAACAGCCAAGCCGGAAAGCCAUCCCCUAUCGGAUUCAAAGCCUUUGACGGGAGAAUCGGAGGGUAAAGACGUCGGCUCCAGUAAGGAGGAGCCUCAGUCGCCCAAGAAGGAAUCUCCGGUGGUCAGAGUGGAUGAUAAUCGCGAGGACGGGAAAGCGAAUAAAGCGAAUUCAACGGUGUCUGAGGUGGAGAACCACAAAGAAGAGAAGUUCCAGAUAGAUCUGAUGGCUCCGCCUCCUCCUCCGUUGAGAUCAUCCCCAGAAAGGGACGGUGUGAUUGAUUUUGUGGCCGUAGAUCCUAAAUCUAUGGUCACAGAUGCUGAAACGGAAAUUAAGCCUGUGGUGAAGGAAGAUGAUAAAGCAGUGAAAAUAUGCAAGGAAGAGGCGGUGAAUCUUGAGAACGAGAAGGCGAAAUCGUUGGCCGCAGAAGAAGCCCAAUCACAGACGCCGGUCGUUGCUCGUAAGGAGAGGAAUAUCGACCUCCAGGUUGACUUGGAGAAAACCGAUAGAGAUAGCGGCACUGUUAGCGUAAGCGGCAACAACAAGUUCCACCACCAUGUUCAGAAGCAGCAGCCACAGCACGGUAGCACUGAAAGAACUGCCCAAACGAGCCCUCUACCUUUGCCAAUAUCUGUCCCUGGCUGGCCGGGCGGUCUUCCUCCAAUGGGAUAUAUGGCACCUCUCCAAGGAGUUGUAUCCAUGGAUGGCAGCACCGUAACUCCUGCAGCUAUACAACCACCACAGUUGCUUUUCACUCAACCUAGGCCAAAGAGGUGUGCAACGCAUUGCUACAUUGCACGGAAUAUACUGUACCACCAACAACUCGCUAGGAUGAAUCCCUUCUGGCCUGCGGCGGCUGGGUCUGCAUCACUGUACGGGGCUAAGCCAUGCAAUCUCAAUGUGGUGCCUCCGGCAGAAUUGCAUGGAAACAUUCCAGGGAGGGGGGUGAACUCCGCCCAGGACAAGGGGCAGGGUCUUGCUAUGUUUACUGGUCAUACUGGGAAGGAUAAAGGUUCUCAAGCAGCAGCCAACGUUGUGGAUACUUCCCAAAGAAAGCAAAUUUUACUUCAGCCAGCUCUGCCCCCAGGAGCGCCUAGUAAUAUCUUGCAUGGCCCUGCUUUCAUCUUUCCUCUGAACCAGCAACAACCAGCAGGAGCUCCUUCUGCUCGAUCUGGUUCUGGAAAGUCUCCUCCUGCUGCUGGUAGUGCUGCUACAUCAAGUGCUUCUAAUUCUGCUGCAGUAAGUGCCUCAGCGACAGCAGCAGCAGCUACAGCUGCACCAAUGAGCUUCAACUACCCAAACAUGCCUGGGAACGAAACUCAGUAUUUGGCAAUUUUACAGAACAACGGAUAUACGUUCCCAAUUCCUGCUCAUGUUGGGGCACCGCCAGCUUAUAGAGGAACCCAUGCUCAGGCAAUGCCAUUCUUCAAUGGGUCUUUCUAUUCUUCUCCAAUGCUCCAUCCUUCGCAUAUUCAUCAUCAGCAGCAGCAGCAGCAACAACCACCUCCUCAGUCACAGCAGAGCCUUCAGGCUCAUCAGAAUAAUGCAAGCGUUUCUAGUGGUUCAUCGUCAUCUCAGAAGCACUUGCAGAAUCAGCAGCAGAGGCCACAUGGCAACGGUGGCGCUGGAAACGUUCAAGGCUUUCCUGCCCCCAAAAACCAAUCUUCACAGCCACUACAGCAGCAGCAGCGGCAGCAACAGCAGAACCAGCAUGUCCCUCAUCAGGCUCGCCAACUUGAGUCUGAGAUGGGUGCAGAAGAUAGCCCUUUGAGUGCUGAUAGCCGUGUUUCUCGUGCCAACAUGAGUAUUUAUGGUCAGAAUUUUGCAAUGCCGAUACACCCUCCCAACUUCGGCUUUAUGAAUCCUGCAAUGAUGGGCGGUGCCAGUGGGGCUGGCAGUGCAAGUGGUAAUCAUACCGAAAGGAAACAACAGCAUGGAUCGAAGGCUGGAGUGGAACCCCCAUCAUCUCAAGCUUUUCCUGUGUCUUUUGCUUCCAUGAAUGGCGCUACCACCACUCCUGGCCUUGACAUUUCAUCCAUUGCACAGAAUCAUGCUAUGUUCCAGAAUAAUUAUCAUAUCAUGGCUGCCGCUGCUGCCCAAGUGGCACAGCAGAAGAAAAAUUACCGUAUUUCUGAAGAUGGGAAAACUGGAGGAGGUGAUUCUUCCAAUUUGGAAGAAGAAAGGAAGGCCAUGCCAGGGAAGGCUUCAGCGACGGUUGGACAGUCCAUUGCCUUCUCUAGGCCAGAGUUGGCUGAUGCCUCGGUUACCACAGUGAAGGGCAACACUGUCAUUGACAGCUCCACCCGAAGUCUUAACCUUGGGUCUGCUCCUGGCCGUGCUUCUGGUUCUGUUAUGCCUGCUGCUAUAAACACAGUGAAUGCUCCUGGUUCUCAGCAGCAACUGCAGCGCAAUCAACAACAGCAGAUGAUUCAACUUAAGCAGCAUCAAUUUGCUGUAGCAGCUGCAACUCGAAGCAAAACUCCGGUGACGAGUAAUGGGAGUGUUUACUCGGAUCAUCACUUACCUUCGUCGUCUUCUAUGGCCACAAAGUUUAGCAAUCUGUCUUCUUUUCCCCAAAACCUAGUCCAGACCAGCAGCGGCAGCCCAGCUCAGUCUCCUCAGUGGAAGAAUUCUGUACGGACAGCCACUUCGCAAGUUCCUUCUCCACCCCUUUCCUCUUCAAACUCCUCAACCCUUAAAAAUCCCCUUCAACAGCAAGGAAGGACCCAGCAAAGUCACACACAAAUAUCUUUUGGGGGUAAUGCAAAAUCUUCGACAUCACAAGGGCAACCACCCUCAAGCAGCAACCAGUCCCCAUCUCCUCCAGUGAUGGUUGGCUCACCCACAACUUCCUCCAUGUCAAAGAGCGCUGGUGGAAGCCCCAGGACUACUGCUUCCACUUCCACAGCCAACAAAGCUGGCCAAGCUUCUACAUUGUCAUCUCAGCAGGCGAAGAACGCCCCUUCAGUGCCUAGCAGGAAGUCAUCUCCAGUUGGGGGGAGGAAUGUUCCAUCGAUUCUUGGAAACCACCACAUCACCUCUACUUCGGACAGUGCAACCAAGCCUCAAUUGUCACAACAGCAGCAGCAGCAGCAGCAGCCGCCACAGCAGUUACCAAAGCAUAUUCAGCAAGCCCAGCUCUUCUUCUCUAACGGCUAUAUACAUGCACAAGCUCCACAUUCGACUGGUACUACCCCUGGAUCACCUGCAAAUGCGUAUUAUCUUCAACAAAGAAACCGCCGUGAGCAGCAGCAGCAGCCACAGGGGUCAUCGGGUGCAUCCUCAACUGGGAUGUUGUCAUUGUGCCCUCCACUUGUUAACACCAGCACUUCUGAUCCUACGAAGGUAGCUGCUACAGCUGGUAGCAACAUGAAAGGUGGUGGCUUACCCUCGCAGGGCAUUCUCCAUGUUACCCAGUUUGGUGCUGCACAGUCCCCUGGGAACCCACAUCAGCUUUUGCCUGCUGGCUUCUCCUACGUGCGUGCAGUUCCCACCCCGGUUCCGGUGAAGCCUGCAGAGCAGAAACAACCAGCUGGUGAGUGAAAACCAUGUCCCUCGGUGGUUUAAAUUGUAACCCCCCAGGGAAAAAUGUGAAAUGGUUGAAUGAGCUAGUUUGUGUCAGGAGCGGUUUCUUGCCUAGAAAAUGACUAUUUGCAUACCUUCUGGCAGCCUGAAGAAAUGGAGCAUGCUGCUAACAUUCAAAAAAUCAUGGCUUUGGGAAAGGCAUUUCUGAAUGGAAUCCACAAUUUUGGAAGUUAGUUGAGCCGAGUGGGAAAGAUAGUCCUUGUUGAAUGUGGUUGAGAUGUAAUCAUCUGACUCUGUACACUUGUGUUCAUAAUCUGACAGGGUUGAUCGUGGAAGUCUAAUUGAAAAUUCGAUUAAUUUUGAUGGAGCGGGGGUUAAGACGGGGGUUGGCAAUGGCACGGGAGAAGAAAGUGUUGUAUCGAUCUUUUGUAGGGCAAGAGAGGAAAGAAGGGUGUCAAAGAGCCAAGGCAAGGAAGAGCAAGACCAAACCUUCUCUUCUUUUGGGAGGUUCCUCUUUGCUUUUAGUUAUUUGUUUUGGGUUUUUUAGUUUUUAAGGGAAGAGCAGUAAAAACAUCAAUCUUUUGACAUAUAUAUGCAGUGGAGGGUGUAUAUGUAUGCAUAUGUCUGGCACAUACAAGAGUGUAGCCCUCUCAAUUUUUUUAUUUAAAUUUGCGAGCCAAUCUUUCUUGC